AUGCCCGCCAAACGCCGCGCCAACGGCGCACGAUCGCAUCCGAGCGCGAUCGACCGCGUGACGCGAACGACGGUGACCAAGACGCGCGCGAACGGAAAGCACAAAGAUGGAAAUUAUGAUUUACGGGCCAGGCUCAAGGCCGAGGGCAAAGAGAACGGAACGAAGAUGCGGGCGUACGGUGGAGGCGCCGCGGACUUGCGUGAGAAGUUAGGGAGUGAUUUGCGACGGACGAUCGAGGCUGGACGCGAACAGAAGUGGCCGCGGGGGCAAGUCGUCGGCGAGGAGGACGCGCGGAUGAGCGACGAUUUACGACGGCGGUUGACGCAUCGGAGCACGAGCGCGUCGAACGGGUCGAGAGAGGAUCUACGAUCGAAACUUAUCGGUCGUGGGUCGAGAGGAGCGAGUAAGAGGCCCGUCGGGGGACGGCGCGGCGAUGUGAACGUUUCGCGGUUGUUGCGUUCGCUCGAUUUGGAUCGAUACGUCGACGCGUUCGCCAGGGAGGAGAUCGAUUACGACGCGCUGAAGCAGAUGCGAGAGAAAGAUUUUAACAAGUUAGGUGUGCCUUUUGGGCCGAUGGUUAAGAUCACUCGAGCGCUGAUCGCGAUGCGUGAUCGACGGUGA